GUUCCUCCCGCGGACAUUGUGCGGAGUUGUGGCAAUAGUGCUACAGUGUCAUGCCUUGUGCAGCGACAUUGACUCGAUCUUGAUACUGACCGUCUACGCUGCCAUCUGUGCUGCUUAUGUCUUCGCUCUUCAAAAACCUCCGAAUUCAUCAAGUUUUCGGAGCGAACACAGAUAACGUCCCAACCCACUAUCUAAAACCUGUGAGUACGGGACCGCUUGAAGACGCAGAUGACAGACAUGUCAAGUUCUAUGCCAGCGCCGAAGGCAAAGAGAUGCAUGCGAGAUGCUUAUUUCGAUAUGACGACCCUGUCAGCCCGCAUCUAGCGGCCAGGCUCUCUAACAAGCAGACGGAAGCGCCUUCCGAUGGGGCAUUUGUUACCGCUGUAGCUGACCACAUCAGGCGCACAGCACAGCAAACAAGUCGUCCUUCGCACAUGUACGUGGAAACUGCUGGAGGUAUCCAUAGCCCGACAUUAUCCGGAACAACGCAAGUCGACGCCUAUAGGCCUCUGUUCUUGCCGACUAUUCUGGUCGGCGAUAGUCACCUUGGUGGUAUCUCAACCACCAUAUCAUCAUACGAGUCUCUCUCGCUCCGCGGCUACAUCAUCGACCUAGUCUUGCUUUUCAAGGAUGCCUACUACCGCAACUUCGAAUAUCUCACACCCUACUUCUCGGAGCGUGGUAUCCGUGUGCUGCCUGUGGACCCUCCGCACAAGCGACUCACCAACCCCGAUGAAGAACGCGUGGAGAUGGGCAAAUACUACUCUCACCUCGUACCGGAUUCCCUCCAAGGCGGAAUGUUCGACGCGCUCGGACAUCUGGACAAGUGCCAUGCGGACCGGAUCGCGGAGCUCGACUCCAUGCCACGGCGUACCUCUGACACGAUCUGGUGGCCAUUCGUGCAGCACGGGCUCGUAAAAGGGCCAUCCGACAUCAACGUCAUUGACAGUGCCUCCAAGGAUUUUUUCUCCAUAUAUAAUGGCCACAGAGCAACGGCAUCUCAGGACACUGCCACUACGUCUCUCCUCGAACCGCAGCUCGAUGGUUCUGCCUCCUGGUGGACACAAGCCAUCGGACACGCGCACCCAUCGCUCACUCUUGCCGCAGCCUGCGCUGCAGGCCGCUACGGCCAUGUCAUGUUCCCCGAAGCGACGCACGCGCCCGCCCUCCGGCUCGCGGAGCGUCUCGUACACGAAGGACCGGGCAAGGGCUGGGCCUCGCGUGCGUUCUUCUCUGAUGACGGGUCCACCGGGAUGGAGGUCGCGCUCAAAAUGGCUCUUCGUGCGUAUGCCUCUCGCAACCCAGGAGCGACGGCGAACGGGGAGCGUAGGAAGGAUCUUGGCAUACUCGGACUCAAGGGCAGCUACCACGGUGAUACGAUCGGCGCGAUGGAUGCUUGCGAGGAGGGCGUGUAUACAUGCGAAUGGCAUGAUGCCAAGGGUUGCUGGCUCGACCCGCCCACGGUUUCCAACAAGAAAGGACGAGUUGUCGUAUCUCUUCCUGCGUCGAUAGCGUCUGCAGCAGAUGGGGCAGUCAACGUAGACGUUGGAUCGCUACAACAAGCAUACGACGUCCAAUCUCGUCUGGACACCCCGCUCGCCAAAGUCUAUCGUGGCUUCGUCACCACUACGCUCAAGAAACUGAAGGAGCGCGGGAUGCCAGAGAUCGCCGCCCUGGUGCUCGAGCCACUCGUCAUGGGCGCAGGCGGCAUGAUUUUCGUCGACCCACUCUUCCAGCGCGUCCUCAUCGACGUCGUCCGCGCCUCCGAAGCCCACCCGCCCGCGCACGGAGGCUGGUACGGCCUCCCAGUCAUCUUCGACGAGGUCUUCGUCGGAUUCUACCGUCUCGGUCUGCGGACAACGGGUCCGCUACUCGGCGUCAACCCCGACAUCUCCGUCCACGCGAAGAUUCUGACGGGCGGGCUGCUCCCACUGGCGGUGACGCUGGCGUCCGACUUUAUCUUCCAGGCGUUCAACAGCGACAGCAAGCUGGACGCGCUUCUCCACGGGCACAGCUACACCGCGUAUCCCGUGGGCUGCGAGGUCGCGAACGAGACGCUGCGUAUCGUGGAGAAGAUGGCGGAGAGCGGACAGUGGGAUGAUGCGCGGGCGAAGUGGGGGGUCGUCGAGAGUGCUGGAAAGCGGAAGGAGACGUCGGUCUGGAGCCUUUGGACCCCGGACUUCGUCGACAAGCUUGCCAGGCUGGACGUUGUCGAUGAAGUCAUGACCUUGGGCACCGUGCUCGCAUUCAAAAUCAGAGAUAGCGCUGGCGGCUAUGGGUCGCACUCUGCACAAAAGCUUCUACAGUCCCUCCGUCUUCCGACGAACAAAGACGCACCCUCCUCGGCCCCCGGUGGUGCACCCUUCGGAACGCACUACCGCACACUGGGCGACGUUGCAUACUUCAUACUUAGUUUGAACACAGCGCCGGCUGUUGUGGACACCAUGCAGAGUAGAAUUCUUGCAGCUUUGCAGUCCAGCUGAGCAGCGCUCCGUUGGUAUGAUCUUCAGCAGAGCUACUCGUGGAGUCCGACAGUGUAGCAGCGUAGCACCAAUGGGCAGAAAAGAAACAUGUCUAUCAGAUACACGCUAGAAUAUUGAAAAGAUACAA